CAGGCACCGGAAAUAAGUGUGUAGUUCAAAAGAGCCGCGCCUCGGUGUUUUGACAGCCACCGUUAAGUUAAACAUUUGACAUAAACUUCACUACAGCCAAUCUAUAUAGCGCACUGCUCAUCGCUGAUGUAGCAUUGCGAUUUGGAUCCGUUUACAGUAAACUCUGCAGUAUUGAACUCUUUGAUCAGUAACGUUAGAUAUGCAGUCAAACUUCAGUCGGUCCUCUGUGCAGCCUCACACACCGUCGAUCAGCGCCUCGCCGAGAUACGCUUUCAUCGAUUUUUUGGAUGUGGGCCGUGCAGAGACAAUAUCCCAAGAAAUUGCAAAUCUAACAGAAGAUGCUGGUCAGGACCUGGAGACGGAGGAGAGCGGUGAGAUUGGAUAUAUUCAAGGCACAGUAGUUGGUCUGCGAUACUACUCUGGAGUGGUCAACAGAGGAGAGAUGGUGUCACUGGUGAGAGAGCCGCAGAAUCCCUAUGACAGAAACGCAGUGGUGGUUGCCAAUGUUUAUGGUAGUCAGGUUGGGCACAUCAAGAAAGAGCUGGCAGCCGCAAUGGCCUAUAUUAUUGACAACAAAUUGGCAAGAGUGGAAGGGAUUGUGCCCUAUGGGGAGACAAAUAAAUUCUCAAUGCCUGUGAACCUCACUUUCUUGGGCAAAGAGGAAAACAGAGAGGCUGUUCACAACCAUAUGAGACGUCAUGGUUUCAGACUUGGCACUGACUUCAAAGGAGGCACUGCAAAAACAUCAUUUGGUAGGGAUCCAUUAGGAUUACUCAAAUCAUCUUCACAAAUAUCUGCCAUUCCCUUGACUGCAGAAGAGCUUAAAAGUGCCUUUGACAAGCUCUUUGACGAUUUAAUGGAGGAUAAAACAAGAGAAAUGGAACCGGCAGAGGCGGUGUGCACUCCACUGCUCCCACAUCAAAAGCAGGCGCUCUCAUGGAUGACCUCGCGUGAAAACAGCAGUGAUCUGCCUCCUUUCUGGGAGCAGAAGGGUGGCCUUUACUUUAACGUUCUCACUAACUUUGCUGUUAAGGAAAGGCCAGAGAAAGUGCUUGGUGGAAUUUUGGCUGAUGAUAUGGGGCUGGGCAAAACCCUUACCACUAUUGCUUUAAUAGUGUCUAAUUUCCAUAAUGGGAAACCUCUGCCACUGGAGAAAUGUGGAGAAUCAUCUGAACCUUCUACUUCUAGAAAGAAGUCAGCCUCAAAAGGGAAAAGUGGAGAAGUAUCUGAGGAAGUAGUGGAGUCAUCCCCAUCGAAAAGAUCACAUGUUGAUAGUGCCUCUGCUGAUACCAUUGAUAAAGAUGUACCUCGGAAAAAAGCAAAAACUACAAAGAAAACUUCAAAAAAGUCUGCUAACACAAAAGAAGUGAUUUUGCUGGACGAUGAUGACUUUGCUGCCGCUCUGGAAUGCAGUUCCACACAAGUCAUGCCUCCAAAGAAGAACGUAAAGAAGAGGUCUGGUGCGGAUAAGGGCUCCUCUGCAGGUACUGGGGGCUCUGGGGCCAGAGCCACUUUGAUUGUAUGUCCUUUGUCGGUCCUUAGCAACUGGCUGGAUCAGUUUGAGCAACAUAUGCGAGCUGAUGUCACUUUGAACGUGUAUCUGUACUACGGUGCCGAACGCAACCGAUCGGUCAGCCUUCUGGCUAGUCAAGAUGUGGUUCUCACGACAUACAAUGUUCUUUCAUCAGACUUUGGAAACAAGGCCAGCAGUCCUCUGCACAAAGUAAACUGGCUCCGAGUGGUUCUGGAUGAGGGUCACGUCGUGAGAAACCCCAGCGCCCUUCAAAGCAAAGCUGUCCUGGAGCUCCAAUCAGAGCGCAGAUGGAUCCUAUCUGGAACGCCUAUUCAAAACUCCUUGAAGGAUCUUUAUAUGCUUCUGUCCUUCUUGAAGCUGAAGCCAUUUGAUGUGAAGGAGUGGUGGAGCAGAAUUAUUCAGAGACCUGUAACCAUGGGCGACAGAGUUGGACUACAGAACCUGCAGGCUCUGGUCAAGGGGAUUACACUGAGACGCACUAAGACCAGUAAGGUGGAUGGUCGCACGGUGGUGCAGUUACCGGAGAGGACAGUGUUUGUGCAGCAUGUGACUCUUUCUGAAGAGGAGAGGGAGAAGUAUGAGCAGGUCAAGACUGAGGGCAGGAACAUCAUCGGCAGGUAUUUCCAAGAGGGCUCCGUCAUGACAAACUAUGCUGAUGUGUUGGCCAUUCUGGUUCGUCUGAGGCAGUAUUGUUGUCACCCUAGUCUUGUCGGAAAAUAUACAGGGGGAGCAGAUCCCGUGACCCCCAGUGAGCUUCGGGAACGCCUCAUCAAUAAGAUUACAUUGGUGCUGAAUUCUGGUUCGGAUGAGGAGUGCGCUAUCUGUUUAGACUCUCUGCGUCAACCCGUCAUUACAUACUGCGCUCACGUCUUCUGCAGGCCUUGCAUCUGUGAGGUCAUCCGCUCAGAGAAGGAGCAGGCCAGAUGUCCACUGUGUCGUGCUCAGAUCAAGACUAAAGAGUUAGUGGAGUAUCCUGGAGAAGAGCUGGAGACUGGAUCAGUCACUGGGGAGAAGUGGCGAUCAAGUUCAAAAGUGGAUGCGUUGAUGACCAUCCUGUUGAAGCUCCGUAAUGAAGAUCCCACUGUGAAGAGUCUUGUGGUCUCUCAGUUUACAAAGUUUUUAGAUAUUUUGGAGGUUCCUUUGAGGGAAUAUGGUUUCUCUUUUACACGCCUGGACGGCUCUAUGACUCAAAAGGCCAGAGCAAAGGCCAUUCAGGACUUGCAAGAUUCUUCUCCUGGAAGCCCCACCAUCAUGUUGCUGUCACUCAAAGCAGGAGGGGUGGGGCUUAAUCUGACCACAGCGUCCCAUGUCUUCAUGAUGGAUCCAGCCUGGAAUCCUGCAGCAGAAGAUCAGUGUGUCGACAGAUGUCAUAGACUAGGCCAGAGCAGAGAUGUGGUGAUCACUAAGUUUAUUGUAAAAGAUUCAGUGGAGGAGAACAUGGUGAAGAUUCAGAAGAAGAAGCAGGAGCUUGUGGCUAAGGCUUUUGGAACAAAAACCCCACAGGACCGAAAACAGUCCCGGAUCGAUGACAUCCGAGCCCUCAUGGAGAUUUAGUCUUACCAGGGUGUUAACAUUCUCAACCAGUUUGACUACUGUCAGUUCAUUUCAGAUACAGUGCUUAGUUGAAUGUGACACUUUAUUUAGUCCGUUUCAGUUAUUCAGUUCUUUCUCCAUGCAC